AUGGAAAGCAACCAGGGUGGUGAUGAACUGCCAUGUCCUAGUAAUUACACUACAUGGAAAGAGUGUUUUCUUGAAAAGGUACAACAAAGGUGUCUGAGUCUGCAGGAGAAAAAGGUGAGGUUGGUUCAAGCACAAAAGGCAGAAGAAGCAAAGGUGAGGAGGAGAGAACCCGGGGACUGGCUGGCCAGAGAGUGGUACAAUGAGGAGAAGGAGACACUCGAUACUCGCAUCUAUCUGCUCGACAGCCUCCUCCCUACAUUAAUCCCAGGAGUAGCAAAUUUGCUAAUGGAAGUGGAAAGAAACCAUGUGCUUGUAUCAGACCAAGAACCAACCAGAUUUAACCCCAUUAAUUAUCUUGGAGAAUACCUGAUGAGGCAUAACCCUCAGUAUAAUGUUCCUACAAAACCAGGCCCGUACCCGAGAGAAAUUCAGGUGGUUUCAGAAGAGCUCAAGUCUUUGAGGCAAGGCACAACAUCACAGAGGCUGGCCCAGAUGAGGGCUGAGGCAAAGAACAAACGUGAGGAAAGGGAGGAGAUGGAAAGACAGAAGGCUGAGGAGACAGAGAGGAGAAAGGAGGUGUUGGCAGCUCUGUUUGAGGAGUGGACGGUGGAUGGCAGUGACAGAAUCCCAGCAGCACUGGUUCAGAGUACCAUGAGGUUUUUUCGAGAUGUCACCGAUUCUAUUCCUGAAGAUAUGAGAAAAGCAACCCAUGACAGGAAGCUGAAAAUCUUACACACAUUGGAAAAAACAAUAAACCUAGAUGAGUUCACAAAGCUUGUCCUUUCCUACACUGAACAUGUUUCAGGUGACAGGUUUCAAGAAAUCAUGGAAUAUCUCCAUAAUUGUGCUGAGGACUUCCAAGAAGCAACAAAACAUGAUACGCAGAGGCAGAUUUUUACUGACCUCUUCCAAGCUUGUGAUUAUAGAAAGGUUGGUGUUUUGGAUAGACAAAAAAUACUGGCCCUGCUAAGAGACUUCUACGACAGAAGCUCCAUGGUUGAUGAGUCGGAAUUUUGGAACCCCAGAGAAUGGCCAAUAAUUGAGCUACAAGAUAUUAAUCUUAUGGGUUUCUGGGGAAGCCUUGGUGACAAGGAAGUUUGUGAGGAAGUCAGUGAAAAUUUGGUCUUGUGUCAAACAGAAAUUUCUGAGGGAGAGAUUUUAGGACGUGAACCUGUAGAUGAUGAUAGGCAAGAGACUGACAGAAUGAGCACCAGUGUUACAGAGGGAAUUGUUGAAGCUACUGAUUUGGAUGGAGAUACCGUCCACAGUGAGAAAUCCAGCUCCCAUGAAGAUAUCAAAACUGAGAGGGAAGCUGAGCCUGAAACUGUAGACAGACAGGAAGAAUUUCUCCCAGGAUCAGCUUCUGCUGAGAACAGUCUCAGUAUAGAUGGAGAACCUGGAUCGGAAAAAUCAGAGGAAUCCAUCCUGAGUAGAGAGCAUGAGAUAGAAACAAAACCAGAAGGAGGUCAUACCUCAGCCACAGAAGCUGGAUCAGAAGGGCAAGUUAGUCAAGAGGACAGUGGAGUUACAGAGACAACACCUGAAGCUACAAGCACAGCCUCAGGAGACAGAGCCAUGACAGACACAGAUGUCACUGAAUCCCAGCAGGACAUUCCAGCUGCAGAGGCUGUGAAGGAAACCCCUGCAAGUAACCAGAGCCAGUCUGACCAACAGACAAGCUCAGAGACAAGACUGCAGGGUGAUGACCUUCUGCCUGACCAGAGUAAAGACUCAGGUCCCAGCGUGGCAGAGAUUCAGAACUGUCGGGAUUCUUGUACUAAGAGUUCCUUUGCUGCAAGCUGCCUCACCCUGCCACAGUUUGUACAGAUCAUGGACAAUUUUGUUGGUGAAGACAUUUCUCUGCCUACUGUGAGUAGGCUUACUGCAUUUAUCAAACAAGAAUACAAACAGACAGAAGAGGAAAAAAAGAAACAACUAGAAAAAGUUCACUGCAUGUCUCACAUGGCCCAAAGGAAACAGCUUUUGGAGGCACUUUUUGAAAAGUGGGACAGCAGUACAUGUGGGUCUCUGGACCUGGAAGAGGUGGUUGCUGUUCUGAGAACAUUCAAGGGAGGCAUGGGAAAAGAGGCCUUGAUGAAGGCAAGGGAACAGCUUUGCUCCCGAUACCCACAGCUCAGUAAAGUGGGGAAGCUAUCCCCAAAGGCAUUCCAGGCUUUCCUUGAGUUAAUUGCUUCCAAGUUCACUGGCAAUGAGGAUGAAACUAUUGAUAAGAUGGUGAGAUUCCUGACCACAAGCGUGGAACAAAGUCACACCAAGAGCUUGCAAAGCUCAGCCAGGAGGAAAUGGCUGCAGGAUAUCCAGCAAGCAGCUGAGAGCAGCGUAACAAGCAUGGAACCAGUGUACAAAGCAGUGCUUAAGGCCCUGUCCCAGGACAUGGAAGCCCAUGGGAAUAAGAAGAGGAUCAGUGCAUAUAUUGCCCUUUUGGAAGAGAACCAGCUCCACCCAGAGCAGGGACAGGUUCUCCUGCGCUACGUGGCCUGUACUGCAGAUGAUGCUCCCCAUCUCCUAAACCAAGUACUGCACAGAGACAUGAAAGGAAUCAGUUUUGCAGCCAUUGACCAGGGAAAGCCAAUCUAUGUUCCAAGAGUUCAGCUCCAUGGAAACGUUCACUUCUGGAACUCUGACCGUCCUGUAGAGGAGAGUACAGGUUCACUCCUGGUGCUGCCCCUGUAUGAUGCUCAUUGGAGAGUUUUUGGCAUUCUAGGACUUGACACUCUUCGGGACCAGUGUGAGAAAUCUAUCUUCCUGAUGCAUGAGAUCACUUUCUACGAGGGAGUUUGCCAUGCAUUCAGCAAAGCCUACCACCACAUCUGCAUGCAGGAAAAUGUCCUACAAGUGGCUGUCACUGCUCUGGACUGGUUGUAUCCCAGGACACCCAGCAUCCACGCUGUCACAACCUAUCUGGUGGCGCCUGGCAAAGACAAGGACUAUGCUCUGUGCAAGGUGAUCACUACAGAUAACACAGGACAAAAGGAAGUCCACAGCUCUCCUGUUGUUCUCCUCAGAGAGGAAAACCUUCUCAGAGAUUACCUGUUCAAGUGCACAGACAGUUCAGAGGUCACUCUCACUUCUGUCUAUGGAGAACACCACAUUGCAGUACCUCUCCAUGACCUAUCAAGACAAACUCUCGGCAUAUUUGAUAUCAGCAUUGGACAGCACAAGAAAUUACCACCUCAGGAACAGAAAGACCUGCAGAAAAUGCUAAAGAUGGCCCAAGCUGCCUGCUCGGAGAUCCUGCAGAGGUCUUUAGAGGGAAGAGAACCAACACAAGUGCUGGAGGCAGAACGUGUGGCAAAUGUGAGGCAUGCAGAGAUUCUGUUCCACCGGUUCAUGCUGCAGGAGCUGCGUGAGUGUGUCCAGGAACUCAGUGCUGAGAGCUUUGCUGGAAUAAAGAGCUGUGCAGAGCCCCCAGCUCUGGUACACGACAUAGUUAAGGCUGUGCUGCUGCUUUUGCAUCCAGACUGGAAGGGCUCAGAGGAGACUGAGAGCUGGAGUCAGUGUAAACUGAAACUCGAUGACAAAUUGAUUCAGGAGAUUUAUUGCUUUGAUCCAACUGCUUCAUCUGUGCAAGUUCAAGCAGAGCUGCUGCUGGACCUCAUCACUGAUGUCCCUCUAGCAGCAGUGUGGCAGCAAGACUCUGCUCCAGCUGAAUAUCUGUACCAGUGGCUUCGCACCUGCCUGGCACUUGCAGAGAUCACCAAGAGCCAACACACUGAAAUAAAACAUCCUUAGCCCCUUUUGGCAUCCAGUUCUAGUGUGCCUCCAAUUAAAUUUCUUAAUUUCUCAUAUAAUCCUUGUGA